AUGUCAGAAAGAAAGUCAAAAUGGACCUACUGUGACUUAAAGGCACGAGCCGUGUCAAAGUCGACUGAAGACCGUGGCGCUCGGGGAAGGAGAGCAAGCACCUGUUUCGCUGGAGCCUCGUGGCUCGAAUGCGGGACCACGGAUCGUAUGCAGGCUGGCCCAAUGGCUUCGAACUGGUACAAGGGAGGGGUUGAUGGCCACGAACCGUUGUUGGGCGAUUGUGCGGCUCAUGUGCUAGAGGCAGGAAGGGUGGUGUUGACAGACAGUAGUACCACAAAAGAUGGAGGGGUUAGUAGUAACCAGUUCGGUUGGAAGAGCUCAGCCAAAAAGCGUCUUACUACCAAAGGUCAAACAAAUGAAGAGCAAGGACGAUCGAUCAUGGAGCGAGCCCCGGCAGUGGGCAACAAGGCACUGAAAAGGCUGACGAGGGAAGCACAAGAGGCUCUGCUGUUGCUUUAUUCACUGUUGCAACGCCUGUUCACCGCAUUUUUGGUAACCGCAAGCGUCUCUUGUUAA